AAAAGGAGGAUCAUUCCAGCGGUAAAUCCAAGCGUCGGCGAUGGGUGAAUUUGACUCGGAUGAUGAGGACUUUGCAGUUGUGGGAGCGUACACGAUGCAUGAGGAGAUAGGUCGGGGAACGUAUGGUAUCGUGUACGUAGCAACACACAACACAACGGGCGAGAAAGUUGCGAUCAAACGGUUAUUCCAGCGACAGGACUCGAGCACAUCCGACGAAAUUGAGGUGAUGCAGCGCCUCGUGGGGGCGCCACAUGUACUACAGCUCCAGGAGGUACUCCAAGAACAACACCAAGAUGAACCCUCGACAUUCAUCGUGUCUGAGUACAUGGAGAGUGAUCUGGAAACCGUGAUCAAAGCCACGGAAGCGAUCCCGCAGGUCUCCUUGGCACACAUCAAGAGCUACCUUCGCAUGAUCCUUCAAGGUCUCGCUGAAUGUCAUGCACGUCAUAUCAUCCACCGCGACGUCAAACCGAACAACAUCCUCCUCGCCACGAACGGAGCAGCCAUGCUCGCAGACUUUGGGUUGGCAGUGGUGGUGCCCGAACUCGCCACACGUGUGUCGCCGUGGAGUUUAAGUUUCCAAGUCGUGACUCGGGCCUACCGCGCCCCGGAGCUUCUCUUCGGUCUCAAGCAGUACGACACGAGCGUUGACAUGUGGUCUCUCGGCUGUGUGUUUGGCGAACUCGUAUUGCGCAAAGUUUGGUUUGACGGGGUAUCCGACAUCGACCAGCUCAACCUUAUGUUCCGCGCUCUGGGAUCUCCCGACGAGCAACACUGGACCGCGGCCAAGGCGUUGCCGUUCUACCUCGAGUUCGCCCCCACAUCGCCUCCUUCCCUCGCCACGCAGUUCCCGACGCUACCCCCCUCAGGCGUCGACCUCCUCACAAAGAUGCUUCGAUUGGAUCCGUCCGCACGCAUCUCAGCCGCCGACGCCCUCACCCAUCCGUUCUUCGCCGAAGCGCCGCUGGCGCUGGACCCGGCGCUCUUGCCGAUGGUGACACCGCCGGAACGAGGACGAAAACGUCGCGCGUCAUCGCUCGAAGAAGAAUAUGGCGAUCAAGCCGACGAGGGAGGCGAAGGGCCGAUGAAAGGCCGUCGACUGUUCUGACCAUACCAUAAAUAGUAAUAUACUUUUGCUAGUCAUUUUUGGACA